UUGCAGAGAGGAUACAGAUUGUGGAUGAAACAGGAGAACUGGUGUAUAUUUGUGACACAUGUGAAUACAAAACAGAGAGGAGGAAUCACUUGUACAAACAUCUCCGCUGCCACCAUGGCACCAAAUUCUUUAGAUGUAAACAAUGUCCAAGAUUUAUGAAAGAUUAUAAUCAUUAUGAAGAACAUGUAUUAACAAAACAUAUAACCACUCCAUGUGAAAUAUGUGGGAAACUGUUUGGAGAUAGAUACAUGCCAAAGCAUCGCCUGAAACACUUGAAAGGAGAUUUGACCUGUCAUGAGUGUGGCAUGUUAUUGAAGGGGAAAAAAGCUAUGUCGAGACACAUGAGAGCACAUGGGAUGCCUGAAGAAUAUCCAUGUAGUAUUUGUGGAAAAUUGUUCAGUUCAAGACAUGGAAUGCUGCACCAUGAAAAGACACACGUUGGUAUUCAACUUUUUAGAUGCAGGCACUGUGGUAACCGCUUCACAACUAAACAUAGAUUGAAUAUUCAUUACAGAGAAAAUGAUGUAUGUGCUAGACAUACAAAAAUCUCGGUGCUUCACUUUAUCUGUGAUGUGUGUGGCAGAAAAAUGUCCGGAAAGCGUGAAUUGAUUGGGCAUAGGAUUAGGGUACAUGGAGUAGGUAUAACUGAUGACUUCCCAUGUAAACUCUGUGAUAAAGUUUAUAAAGUGAAGGGAGACUUAUUGGCACAUUUAAGAGAAUUUCAUUACAAGAAAUACAAUUGUAAUGUUUGUGGGAAGAUGUUUGGAACAGCAAGAUAUCUGGAGGUACACAUGAUCACUCAUACUGGAGAGAAGCCAUUCACUUGCACUUCAUGUGGGAGGAAAUUCGCUCGCAAGGAUAGUACAUGGUAUAAACAUAAGAAGAUAUGCUACAAUGUCGCCGUUGUUCCAUCUGCUCCAGAAUCCAACACUGCUCCAGAAUCCAACCUAUUGAAAAGUGAAGGAGCGAUCUAACUUCUUAACUAACUUGAUCAAUAGAAAAAGACUGAAUUUUCUAUGAUUUUGACCAUCUAUUUUUAAUUGUAUGGAUAUCUUUAUUUCGCUUAAAUUUUAUCGGAUUGGGUGGUGCUUUUGAGGUGAAACAUACCAUUUUUGCAAGGUCUGAGGAAGACGCUAAUGUGGAUAAGAAAUAUUUAGCUAUAUUGAUGCAAUAAGGAUAAACUAUUUGAAAAAAG